GUUCAUGUUUUUGACGCCACUGGCCACGCCUCUUUCAAUCUUUGCGAUAUGGAGUGCAAUGAGAUUUUAGGUGCAAGUGCAUUCCUCCUUAGAAAGCUUAUGCUUGAGAGAAAGAUGGACCCUAAUUUGUUCCCCACGGAGUUGAAUCAUUUAAUCGGCCAGAAAGGUUUGUUCAAUGUUGUCUUGAAGUCUGAAGGUGGGAGUCCACACUGGAUGGGCCCUAGGAGUUUUGGUGUUCGAUCUUUCAUUACGGAUCUGAGAAUUCUCAAGAAAUAUGAACAUUUGGUCGAAAAUGUUUUUGAAGAAACUGUUGAAGAUGGGGCUGAUGAUUUGUGGAACUCCCUAGAGGGCCUAAGCCAGAAAGUUGGAGAAGUGAUCGGUUCAAAUAACCCAUGUUCAAGCCAAACUGAGGCCACUUCCUUCCGGAAGAUCGAUGCAAUUGAGAGCGGGGAUCCGAUCAAGCGGCAGCUCCUUGAUGAGUUAUCGACCACAACUCGCAUGAAGAAGGUCAAGAGGGAGGGUUUGGAAAAGUGAUUGUAUAAGAGCGAUGGAAACAAAUAAAGCAACGUAAUGGAU